AUGCUAGUUUGUUGCACGUUCAAGCAAAUUGCAAACGCAGCGUGGAGAAGUAAACAUAUCCGAAAGCACCUAACUGUUUACAUGUUGCAAGAGAUUGAUAAAGAAUGUUCGAAUCUGUGUUCCAGGAAAAACCCAAGUUAUUUGCGUUCUCCAUCAAAGCAGAAAAUGCUUGACUUUUCGUUUGAACGAGAGAAUGAAGAGCUGGAAAAGAGGGUCCCACUAUUUUAUUCUGUCUUGGUGGCUGGUGGCUGCAACAAUAAGAAAACAGAGAAGUGCUCAUGGAUUCCUGCAGUUGGGAUGGCUGCGUCUGUUCUUCUCCGAAACAGAUCUCCCUACAUGAACGCAGUGCAGUUAAUGUUGGGUAUAUUCUUAUACCAUUCAAACUGGGCAGUAAGUCUAUUCACUUUUUUUAUUUUCACCUACCGUACUGUAUACGCCAGUGGAAGGGUUAAUGCUAGUUCAAUAAUUGGGGGGGGGGGAAAUAUUCAUAUAUUCAUGUUCACAGACCAUGAAAACAAUCAAUUUCAAAAGAAAUUAAUCAUGCAGAGCAUGAAGAUAUGAAUAUUCUCACCCCCCCAAUUAUCGAGCUGGUGGUGCCACUGAAGGGAAGGGAAAGCACGGACAUUGAGAUUUUACUCUUGUGACUUGAUUUCGGUAGUAUUUUGACAAGGUACCAUGUUGCAAUGUGGCCAACAGUACACAGCCUAGUACGUUUCUAGUAAUUGUUCUGUAUUUAUUUUCUUUUUUAAAGCCUGUUAUGCCAGAUUUGCCCCAUUACGAUUAGUGACUUCACCAACACACCUUUACAAGAAAUUGGAAGAAUUUGGAAGGGGCUAUGAUAAUGCAGUGAAAGAAAUGGUCCAAACUGAUUGCAAAUGGUUUGCAGAGGUGAUUAAUAAGGAGCAAGAUACUUCGCAAGAGGAAGUUUGAACAAGUACUACUCCUAAGCCAUCCCCGGGAUUCAAGCUUACUAUUGAUAAUGUUGAUUACCAUCAGAACGUGCACUACAUGACAGAAGAACAUCAAAAUGUUGAUAAACAUAAUGUCACAGUAAAUGCAACAACUAAUCGAGUUUCUGGAAAUCAUUUAAGUACAACGCCUCCAUUGGAUGGUAUUCUUAAGAUGGAAAAUGGAAAAUGUAUUCCCAACUAUAUUGAACAGAAAGCUCAACGAGACAAUUAUAUCACCCUUGUUCAAAGGAUUCUGGUCGAGAAUAUUCCCUGUCUUGCUUUUGCCAAAGAUGUUGUCCAAAAACACAUCCCUCAUAAGUACAGUAAAGAGAUGGCAAAGUCAACAAAUUCAGUAAGUAUUUUUCUAUCAACCUAUUAAGCUGCAAGACUCUCUCCUUGUUGAGUAAAAUCGUCUGGUGUUAGGCAAUAUUAAUAUAUGUUAAUUAAUAUGUCUCUCAGUAUGUAGCAAAUACUGUUCAAUAAUUAUAUUGCAUUAUAUUAGCCCUAUUCACAUUAGAGACAGACAAGUCAUCUAGACGAACAAAUCGUCUCUCAAAAAUCGUCUUCACAGACGGACAAGUAGUCGAACAAAUUCAGACGACUUGUUCGUCUAACAUUUUGUCUGACACGUUUUCACAUCUGAUGAUUUGUACGACUAAAAGACGAUUAUGAGACGAUUUGUUCGCCUAAACGACUUGUCUGUCUUCUAAUGUGAAAACGGCUAAUGUAUAUAACAAAAAAAGGUUAUAAUUGCAUGCUUUAAUUUUCUGACGUUUUAAUUUUUAGACUUUCAUGGGAGUAAUAUUUGAGAGUGAGAAUGAUGCUGAUGGAAUUCAGAAGAUUUUGAAGGAGCUCCACCAAUAUGUCCCUUACGCUGGAGAAGGAGAUGAACGAAGGUAUUGUAGCCAAGGAAUUGUCGGUGAUCAACUGACAGUUGAACGAGUUGUGAAUGCCCACGUGACUCGUAGCAACGGCUUCACCCCUGGAGAGAGAAUGGAUGGUUUGCAUUGUGAGAUUGCCGAUUGGCAUGCUGGAAACAAAGCCCUUAAUGUAAGUAUAUAAUAGCAUACAAAUAAUAUGGAUGUGCAUGGAAUUAUGAUUAGUGUCAAUUAUGUACUGAUCAAUUCGAAUAUUUCAACAUGGCCUCCCCCCUCCCCUGGGAAUUUAAACUUUCUGAAAUUUGACUUAUCAAAUUCUCCACCCCCUAUGCAAAAAAUGUUUUCACAUGCCCCACUGUAACAAAAAAUUAAGCGUUCAAAUGCCCUACCUUCAUAAUAUUAUGAAAAUUAUGAAACAGUAAAUACAAAAAGUACAAUACCAUAAACCUCCGACUAUAAGCCCCCAACCCUUGCACUAUGCAUCUAACAAUGGACAGACAAUAGCAGAAUAUAUCAUCUGUUUGCUUUAUAUCAAUGUUAAGCCAUGGGCAAACUAGGAAACGUUGUGGAAACAUUUGUGAUUCUCGAUGUUUCCUUGAAUGUUUCCCUGUUUGCCGACCUGUGGAAACAUUGUUGCGAGUCAAAACAAAAUUUUCUUCCCGAGAAGCAAAAAUGUUUUUAAUUCAGAAACAUUUGAUGUUUCCAUAUGUUUCUCACUAAUGUUUCCUAGUGUUAGCCCAAUCUUGGAAACAUGGCGAAACAUUGGCAAGAAACAAUGUUUCCGCGACAUUGUUUCCUAGUUUGCCCAGGUCUAUUGUUAAACGACUGAAAGUAACAAAUUAUUAUAACUGAAUCUAUAAAAAUAUUCUUUUAGGAUUACUGUAUUCUAAUGUCUACAAAUUUUUCCUAACAGGUACUAUUUUCCCAUUUGUACAACCCAGUGUCCGCAGCUGAUAAAUGCACCAUGUUUAGUGAUAGAAACCUUAUCAAUCGUCGCUCAUUUAAGAAGGAUGUAGAUUCAGCGGUUAAUGCCAACCGCCGUUUCUUUACCCUGGAAAUCCAGUCACGUGUUGUUGCUGCUGGCAUGAUUGAAUUAGGAAUGGAAAGCUUAGAAGAAGAGCCAGAUACCUUGAACAAUGUAGAAACAUGGAAUAACAAAGAUAAGAAAGAGUAUUUGACAAAGUUAUCCACUUCCAUUGUUGAUAAGUACAUCCUUGAUGAAGUAAAGCACGAGAAAAUUGCUAAAGCAGUCAAACAGUUGGAAGAGAGAGAGCUUCGGGAUUCAAAGGAUAGAACACUUGACGGUCGGUACAAGUGUCGUUUUCCAGGUUGCAAGAAAACUUUCCAAUCUGAUGGGAAGUGGAGACAAAGUCACGAACAGUCUCAUAGUCCACCUGUCAGUAUACAAGAGCAACCUCUUCUCACUGAAAUCCAUAAUGAUGUCGUUCAAGAUGACAUGUAUAAUUAUCAGAAAGCUCUCCUCGAUUAUGGUAUGGUCAUCCUAAAUUUCUUUGAUGCAAUUUCAGAAGGUGAUGGUACUAGAAUUAUUAGAAAUUGGAAAUUUCUUUUAUUGUAUCUGCAUCAUGACAAAGGUAGCGAUAAGUAUGCUUUGGAAGGCCUUUAUCUGCUCUUCCAGAUAAAUGCGCGCGCUUUUGAGUCCAAAAGCUGCCCAUCAACUUACUUGGAACAGAUUUUCCAAACGCAAGAAUACAAUGGGUGGCAACAUUCCUCUAGAUCUUGCGCCCUAGAAUUUAUCAACAGAGUUUUCAAGGACGUUUUGAAAAAGCUAGGUCCCAAUGCCAGCAAAAAGUCUAUCGCCCGAAUCUACCAUGCAUUGGGGAUAACAAAGCAACUCACAGACAAUUUUGAUGAAUCAAUGUUGUUGUAUAAAAGAUCAGGGAAGCAUGUUCGCAAGUCGGAAAAGGCUGACAUGGAAAAGAUAAGCAGUGAACUUUUAUCACAGAAUGCGUUGACCAUAACACCUGGUAGAAGUUAUGGUUGCUUCUCGAAAGUUGAGCCAACUUUAUUAUCUGGCUUUAACUUACAAAAAUACUUUAGUUGGAUCAAUGAUCAUAAACAAUAUAUGAUCCUACAUAGAAAGGCUAGGUAG